AUGUCUAUAAAAUCUGAAAAAGAAAAACACAAAGUUAUAGUCCUGGAAAGGAUCAUACCACAUAGACUGGAAUUGGCUGAGAAAUUAGGUGAUACUCAUUUUAAUGUUCUUCCUACCAAGAAAAUCAUAUCUAUAUUAUUGGUUCUCUCUGCUGGCCAGAUAGUUUCCUUUAUGGAUCAAACUGGUAUUACUGUUGGUUUACCUCAGAUUGCCGAUGAACUAAAUGCUGAAGAGACCAUUAACUGGGCCGGUAGUGCUUCAUUGUUGGCUAAUUGUGUUUGUCAAGUUCUAUUUGGUAGAUUAUCAGAUAUAUUUGGCAGAAAAACAAUUCUUAUGUCAAGCUUCUUGUUUCUAACAAUCGGUGAUAUUGCUUGUAGUGUUGCUCAAACAGGUUACCAAUUUUAUAUAUUCAGAGCAUUUGCUGGUAUUGGAAAUGGUGGAGUCUCUUCUUUAGGUAUGAUUAUCUUAAGUGACAUUGUAACCUUGGAACAAAGAGGAAAAUAUCAGGGUAUCCUUGGAGCUAGUGUUGGUAUUGGAAAUGCUAUUGGUCCAUUCAUCAUGUCAGCUUUUAUUAAAUAUUCAACUUGGAGAGGGUUUUAUUACUUUUUAGCUCCAUUAGGUGUGCUUGUUAAUAUUACUAUAUAUUUUCUUAUAGAUGACAAUAAGAAACAACUUGAUUCAGUUCUUUCUAAAACAGAAAAGUUCAAGAAGAUUGAUUACUUAGGAAUUUUAACUGCUACAAUAGCUCUAACUUUAAUAUUGGUCCCACUCAGUAGUGGAGGCUCAAUCUAUCCUUGGAAUAGUGCAAUUGUUAUUUCGAUGUUUUCAAUUGGCGGAGUCUUCUUCAUCAUAUUUUUAAUGGUUGAAUGGAAGAUCCCCGAACUUCCAAUGGUUCCAUUAAAAGUUUUCAAAAGUCCCUCCUUAUGCAUUUUAUUAAGUUGCAAUUUCUUGUUUGGUGCUGCUUACUAUAGUUUCCUUUUCUAUUUGCCAUACUAUUUCCAGAUCGUUAGAGGAUAUGAUGAAAUUCAUACUUCAAUAUUCAUCUUACCUUUAGUUCUUAGUCAAGCUGCAAUGUCUACUGUUGGAGGCUUAAUAAUCACACAUACUGGUCGUUAUAUAUAUGUGGUUUCUACUGGGUACUUCCUUUGGAUGUUGUCUUCUAUCUUCUUAAUCUUCUGGAACGAGAACCUUCAUAUUGCUUAUUGCGUUCUUAUUCUUUUACUUAUGGGAGUUGGAGUUGGUCUUUCAUUCCAACCUUCUAUGAUUGCUGUUCAAGCAAAUUGCAAGAAAUCACAAAGGGCAGUGGUUAUUUCAUUAAGAAAUGUUCUUCGAUCAUUUGGUGGAGCUUUUGGUAUAACCGCUGGAUCAACUAUUAUAAGUAAUAUGUUAUUGAAUAAGAUUGAUAUUAUUAGAGAUAAAAAUAUAGUACCAAUAACUUAUUUGGAUUAUUUACAAAAGCAUGUUUAUCAAAAAAUUCAAGUUGAUAUGCUAACUGAAGAUCAACUUUUAGUUGUCAAGCUGAUGUAUGUUGGUUCAUUGAAAUAUUAUUUCAUUAUGUUAAUAGCCUUCAUGGGACUUUGUCUUAUUGGUUCAUUAUUUGUUAAAGAUAGAGGACUACAAUGUAUUGACGAGGAACCAUCUCAUAAAAGGGAUAAUGAUAUUGAAACCACAGGUUCUUCUUCUAAUUCUUCCCUUUAG